GCUGUCUUUCCAUCACCAUCUCUAUCUCAACCGCCAUCCUUAUUUCUAUCACUAUCUUAAUUUCUAUCGAUAUUUACAUAUCCCUAGGUUCCUCCAUUUCCAUUUCCAUCGUCGUAUUUAUAUCUAUCUCUAUCGCACAUCGUCUAUCGCGAAACAAAAUUUCUCCUAUAUUGUGUUGUCAGUACCUGCUGCUUGGAACAAUCCCGCCUGUGGUAAUCUUUCAGUAUCUGCUACAUAGAACAACCCCGCCUGUGGUAGUCCUUCAGCAUCUGCUGCUUAGAACAACCCCGCUAGUGGUAGUCCUCCAGCAUUUACUGCUAGAAUAACCCCGCCAGUGAUAGUCCUUCAGCAUUUACUACAACUAUACCUUAUUUCGCCAAGAGUCAAGGCUGCUCUAUAGCCUGGGUGGGCUGGGAAUCACACGUGAAGUGUGGGCUGUCAUUUUCAAAUUAAAUUGUCCUUUUACUGUGCUUGUUACUAAUUAUAAUUACAGGCAAAUCAUGUCGAACCCCACUAAGAUUCUGAUUGACAAAUUCAAGCUACAACGAGUCCUCCGCGAGAGAGUGUUUGUGAAAUGGAAAGAUGAAUCAGGUACAUCCUGCACACUAGGUUCUCGUUCAAAUCGUAACGGGCAGGAUCUCAAUUUUUUUAUGGAGGCGUACUACAAUGCAGAAGGACAUAUUCACAUUCACUUCACUCUUCAAAUAUCUAUUAUACUUGGAGGGAAAAAGCAGGACAUAGAAAUGGUAUUGGUUGUUCCUCCAGAUGCCAAUUUUGCAGAUGCUUUUAAGCCUUGUUCCGUGUCGAAUAUCGAUGAUUUAUCUUUUGACGACGUUUCUGCUAUCCACGAUGCUAAAAUCAGCGAUUCGCUAUAUGUUAUCUGUAUACAAUUCGAUCUAAAUGCGAAGGGGUUUAUCGUUAUGGAGAAGAAACCUAAUGAGAAUAUCAAACCUCGGACUAAAACCUCAGCAAAAUUGCUUCUUGCCCUUGAAUCUCUUUCUAAUACGACAAUCUUCACUGUAUACAUCAAGCCAAAUAGUUAUGCGCUAGUGGGCUUAGAACAACUUCAUAAACGCUUAAGCAAUGCUCCCAUCGAUACACACAAAACAAGCACGAAGGAAACAUACAUUGAACAAGUGCCUGAAUUAGUGGAAUGGAAAUCACUACCACCGGCAUAUACCGAGAAUCGUGUGCAGGUUCCCCGGUCACCACCGAUUAUUCUCGAACAGAAAACGCCACCACCCAAUCUUAGCGAAGUGGCGAUUGCAGAAACACCAGGUCGGAUCUCAACUGUCCCAAAUUCUCCGACUGUCCCGAACUACCCAACUAGUUCACCGUCUACAUCGGUGCAUGGCAUUUUCUCUCCUAACUGUGAGGAGUUGUCAGAUGGUGAAAUAGACUUCGACAAUAUCGAAAAGGACAUCGAAAAGGACAUCGGAAUAGACUUCAAUGUGGAUUCAGAUGAGGAACAGCUCGCUAAGGAACAAUUUGCCCAGUUGAAUCCUAGAGAAUUGGACAAACAAUCCGACCAUAAUUUAGAAGCAUCGCAGAUACUUAGCUCGAGAUUAGCAAGAUGGUUAGAAGCGGCACUACUGGUAAACUUGGAUAUUAACAACCACACACAUUUAACUACCAAAUUAUCAACUCUGGCUAGUUGCAUCCGUACAUCAAAUACUAGUGCAUUUGAUACUACCUUGUGCUGGUGCUCUGCAUUGUUUUUCUACGACCCACUGGAUUCCGAUUCCACCAAUACCCUCGGGCUAUGGGAGAAAAGAAACUUAUGGCUCAUUAAAGAUAUAGCCAGAACGAUUGCAUGGGCCGAUAAACUGCGCUAUAAUGCCGAGAUAAGUUCGUCGUUGGAUCAUUUUAUGAAGCUGGGCAACGCUGCUCGUACUGCUGCUCUAGACCCUUGUAACAAGAGCGUUUAUCUUAGACAAAAAAGUCUUUUCCUUACUUAUGUAUUAGUGGAGUCUGGUAAGUCGGGUAGUAUUAGUCAAGAGAAUAGUAAAUCUGUUUCUCGAAAAAGCUUGGAAAUUGAUAGCAAUGCGUCGAAGCGAGUAAAAAUGUAAUUUAUACAAGAUCAAUCUGGAAACUCGAAAAAAACACUUUGGGGUACAAAACGCUGUUUAAUCUCCCCGUCAAAACAAGACCCAAUCAAUUCCA